GAAAAAAUUGAAGUGUCAAACGGGACUCUUAUUAUAUAAAUAAGGUAACAAGACUUGUUAGUGAUUGUGAAUCAAUAGAAGAUAACAAUAUUCAGAAUGAACUCGAAUCUAUAUAUUCUUACAAAAUAUAUAAUUGCAUUUUUAAUUCUUGUGCCUUCAAUAUGUGCUGAUGAUUCAAAACAAUUAGAGGCUUUUAAAACCCAGAAAGUUAGUCCAGAUGUUGUGGCAAAUGUACCCGAGAAAAAGCUGGAAGUAAAAUUCAAGUCCAACAAAGAUGUUGAUUUUGGUAAUGAAUUAACUCCAACGCAAGUCCUUCAGGAACCACAAGUAACAUAUGAUGCAGACAAUAAAUCAUACUACACUUUGAUAUUUACUGAUCCAGAUGCUCCUAGUAGAACAAAUCCAAAAGCAAGGGAAUGGAUGCAUUGGUUGGUUGUCAAUAUUCCAGGUUCCAAAAUAUCCGAAGGUGAAAUAAUAAACAAUUAUAUAGGAUCAGCUCCUCCGAAAGGAUCCGGUCUCCACAGAUAUGUAUUCUUGUUGUACAAACAACCAGAGAAACUGAAGUUUACUGAGCCUAAGCAUGGUCCCACUGAUGGAAAUCGUGGAAAAUUCAACACUGAAACUUUUGCUAAGAAGUAUAAUUUAGGCAGCCCUAUUGCUGGUAAUUUCUUUCAAGCUAAAUGGGAUGAUUCUGUACCUGCUACUCAUAAGAAACUCGGUUUUUAAUUUGUUUUUUUUUCAAAAUAUCUUUAUUUUGAAUAAAUUGUAUUCGUGAAUUGUUUAUAGUUUAUAAUGUUUAUUACUUUUUGAAUUGGAGCUUCAAAUAUUACAGAGCGAGUGCCAAGGCUACUCCAAUUGUAGUGUUAGUAUUUAUUUUUAACAGUAAUUACAAAUUAAAAGUAAAGAAAGCACAAAA